AAAGCCAAACGCAACACAAGUUAGGUUCGUUCGGACAGCUUUCAAAGCGUGUCUUUUUUCGUCAUUCCAACUCUCUCUCUCUCUCUCUCUCUCUGCCAUUAUUUCUGCUGAUUCUGCAAAGUGCAAACCAAAGGGUAAAACCAAAAACCCCACUUUCUCUCUAUUCUUCACAACACUCUCAGAACUGAACACACCAUUCAAGACUCUUCAAUACUCAUUGAUUUUUUCCCAUUCAUUCCUGCAACUUUUUCAACAUACAGGAGGGUCACAUUUGAAGUUAAUUUUUUGUCUGUUUUCUUGAAAUUUACGUUUCACAAUGACAACUUGACCCUUCAAAUUCAUCUUCAAUUUCUCCUCAUUUUUUCUCAAGAUGGAAUCAGUGAAACCUUCAGCAGUGACACCAAGCAUGAAAUUAGCUAGAAAUUUUGCCAAAGUUCUUCAUCUUAGAGCAUUUUUGAAGAAUGUUACUAUAGCUGAUGCAAAUCCAAAAGAUGAAACCAACAUGGAUCAUCAUAAGACUGUGAUAAAUUGGUCUGAAUCAUUCAACAAAGUUGAUGAAGAUGAAGAAAUUGAAGAACAAAGAGUUGCAACAGAAGCACUUCUUGCAAAGCUAUUUGCUAGCAUUGCAACAGUUAAAGGUGCUUAUGCUGAACUUCAACAUUUUCAAUCACCUUUUGACCCUGAUGGAAUUGAAGCUUCUGAUAAGCUACUAGUUUCCGAGUUGAAGCAUUUAUCUGAGCUAAAACAAUGUUACUUGAAGAAACAAGUUGAUCCUUCGCCUGAGAAAGCGAUACUCCUAGCUGAAUCGAAGGAGAUAAAGGGUGUCAUAAAAACUUAUGAGAUUACGGCGAAGAAGUUGGAAUCACAGGUAAGGCUUAAAGAUUCCGAGAUUAUGUUUCUUAAAGAGAAAUUAGUGGAAGCUAAUAGUCAUAACAAGUUAAUUGAGAAGAGAUUGAAUCAAAGUGGAUCGUUAUCUGGUCUACUUGAAAAUAAUAAACUUCACAUAUCAGGGUUAAGUCCUAGCCAUUUUGCUAGUGUUCUUCGUCACGCGGUUAAGUCGAUUCGUAACUUUGUGAGGCUAAUUGUUGAUGAAAUGAGAUCUGCAAAAUGGGAUAUUGAUGCUGCUGUUGAUGCUAUUGAACACAAUGUUGUUUACAUCAUAGAAGAUCACAAGUGUUUCGCAAUCGAAUCAUUUGUUUGCAAAGAAAUGUUCGAUGCAUUUCACUUCCCUAACUUUAAUCUUCCGAAUGAGUCACUUCCAAGUGAUAGAAAAAAUCAACAAAAUUGGUUCUUUCAAAACUUCAAUGAGCUGAAAUCAACUAAAGUUAAAGACUUUCUUGCUGAGAAACCGAGAUCAUUGUUUGCAAAAUUCUGCAGGAGCAAGUAUUUGAGGCUUGUUCAUCCGAAAAUGGAGACAUCGUUUUUCGGUAACAUGCUUCAUAGGAACCUUUUGAGUGGUGGAGAGUUUCCAAAAUCCGAUUUUUUUGCAUCAUUUGCUGAAAUGGCGAAGAGGGUUUAUCUCUUACAUUGUUUAGCUUUCUCUUUUGAGAAUCAAGCUGAAAUUUUUCAAGUUGGGAAAGGGUGUAGAUUUUCUGAUGUGUACAUGGAAAGUGUGAAUGAUGAAAUGUUUGUGUUUUCAGACAAGACAACAACAUUUGAUGAAUCAGAAGAAGAAACAGUUGUUGGUUUCACUGUUGUUCCUGGUUUUAGGAUUGGUAAAACUAUUUUACAGUGUCAAGUUUACCUCACUAAGAAGAAGAAUCAAACCAAGGUGAAAGGAUCGGUGAAAGGAUCGCGAUCACAUUUACGUAGCAGUUAAUCUCGGCCGUUGAGAUCAGACGAUUUAGAUCACAACAAAACUAUUUCAUCUGUUGAUCUAAAUUGAACGGCCGAGAGCUGUAACUGCGUCACAGAAGCUAAAAGGGGAUUCAAGGGCCGGUAAUGAGCCCACAACACAAGGGAAAGGCAUGGCAUGGAGUGAACACUUGCUUGCUAGGAUUGAUAGGGCAAUUUUGUCCAUUUGUGUUUUUGGCUAUUUUAGUAAAAAAAGAAAAGCUAGUGGACCACAUAGCAUUGGGAACAACCUUUUUCUUUUUAGAAUUUGUUUUUGUUUUUGUUUUUAAUUUAAUUAUGCAUAUUUAUUUAUCAAAAAACAUCCCCCCAAAAUUUUGUUGAUAUAAGGCCGGUGACAGGGAUGGUCUAGCUGUUAUGCAUCUUUAUGAGACAUUGCAUGAUAUAAUAUGUAUAUAAUAAUGAUAUAAUAUAAGGUAGGAGUUUUAUAA